CUCCUGUUUGUACCUCAUUUCACGUCGUAACAGAAUCGAGAAGAUUGUUUACAUGUACCUACGUAAACACACGUACGUCAAAUUCAAACAACUUUAAUUACUCAAUUUUGAAUGUGAGAGAGUAAGAGAUUCAUCGUGUUAAGUAGAUAUCAAAGAGAAUUUUGUGUAUCGUAAAAAAUGCAAAGAGAAGUGAAUGACAUUGUCGAAAAAUCAUUACAAAAAGCUUACGACCAUGACAGAACUGGGAACGUAGGAAAAGCAUACGCAUAUUACACGGUUGUAGCAGAAUUAUGUCCUAGGAAAAGGGCAGAAAUUGAAGAACCCUUCGUCGAUAUUCUUUGUCAAUGGGGAAUCCAACUGGCAUGUGAAAAUAGAUUUGCAGACGUUGUUCUGUGUUACAAACAUUCGUUAGAUUUAUUUCCGAAUAAUCCCCGUAUGCUAAACAAUUUUGCAGCUCAUCUUCUAAGGAAUAAUGAUCCGAUUGAAGCAAUCAGAUAUUUAAAGAGAGCCUUGCAAGCUGAUCCUAAUUUUCUACCGGCAGAAAGAAAUUUGCAAAAUGCUUUUAGCAUGGCCGUAGACAGAUGGCAUUUUCCAAUGCUGAACGACAAAUGUAGGAAUAACGCGUUCGCAAGUGCAAUUCGUAAGAGGAUUUCACAAGGAUACGAUACUGUAUUAGAUGUAGGAACCGGUACAGGAUUAUUAAGCCUGUACGCAAAAAAUGCAGGCGCCAAGAAGAUAUAUGCAUGCGAAUGUUCACAAGUAAUGUUAAGAAUCGCUAAGAAGGUAUUCGAGACUAAUGAUGCCACAGACAUUGUGUUACUACCAAAGUUCUCUUCAGACCUUAUAAUUCCUACGGACAUUCCUCGGAGAGUAAAAUUGGUGGUUACAGAAACGUUUGAUGCCGGUCUAUUUGGAGAACAAGUGAUACCAUCGAUAAUAAGCGUACAUUCAAAUAUUUUGGAUAAGAAUGGCAUGGUGAUACCUAUGGGCGCUACGCUAUACGUAGCUGCCGUCGAAUGUGAAUAUAUAAGACAAAAAUCAGCUGUAAUGCUCGACAAAUUAAAACGCAGUUGCCCUCUCAAUUUUAAUAAUGUAUCGGUAUUACUAGACGAAGAAUAUUACGAUACGGAGAAUUUAAAGAACGUGGAAGUUAGUUAUAUACUAGAGCCUACAGCCCUUUUCACUAUCAAUUUCAAUGAGCUAACGAAUUUGCUACAAUUUAAUACAGAUGGAAUAAAAAAUAUAAUAAAGACAAAAUGUAAGCGCGGUGGAAUUAUUGACGGUUUAAUAACUUGGUUUAAACUGCAUCUCGACGAAGAGAUUACGAUAGACACUUCCGACAAAAAAUCGUGUUGGCAAGUCGCUGUUUUCCCAACAGUACCAAAAUUAUGGAACGAAGGCGAUUCGAUAAUGAUCAAGGGAGAACUGUUGAAAGGAAAACUGAAAUGUUCAUAUACGUCGCAUGUUGCUCAAUGCAAUGAUUAUGAUAAUGAUCAUACAUUUCUAUAUCGUUUGCCGAAAGAAGUUGUAACGUUUUUGAACGAUUUUGAAUACAUCAAAUUGGUAACGGAAGUUAGUAAAUCCUUAAUAAGUAAAGAAAUACAUAGUAUUUUGGAUACAUCUCCGUUUCCUAUUUAUGGACUGAUGUUACUGAAAGAGAAUAAGCAUAGCAAUAUUUUUUAUUAUAAGACGGAAAAUGUUAUGCUCCAACGGUUCAUAAAACAAAUAGCAAAACAGAAUAAUUGCGAAGAUAAAUUACGUAUUAUAUCUAAAUACAGUCAUAUCAAACAUUGUUUAGACACUAUUUUUAUCCACGACUUUGAUAUUAAAGGGGAGUUAAAAGAUUGCAAUGAAGAAUAUAAUCACGAACUUUUUCGAUGUUUACUCAAGCCAAAUGGUAUCCUACUGCCAGAACAAAUAUUUUUUGUAGGCCAACUUGUAUUCUCACAAGACUUACCAAACAUGGUUUACGUAGAAGAUGAAAAUUUACGAGAUGAAUCGACGUUCAUUUCCGAUGAAUCAAGUUUUGAAAAGAAUCCUCGCAAUAUUUUCAAUAGUACAACUUCUUAUGGCAUUGCACAACACAUAAACGAAUUCAAGAUAAAUCAGGUUUUCGAUUUGAAUUCAAGUUUAUAUUUUUAUGAGCCUCUAUCCGAUGUGAACGUGUUAAUAGAAAUGAGGGAAAAUGAAGUCGCCGAACGUGUAAUAAAUUUUGGUAAAAUAAGUGCGACUAAUAAUAAAUUGUUACCGAAUGCUCUGGCCUGUUGGUACAAAGUUAGAUUGACGUCAAAUUAUAAUUACGAUACGAAAAGAAACGGAUCGUUUAUGAAUCAUACAGCUAUACUAUUAGAAGAUGAAUUAAAAAAUUGCAUUCUCCAAGGUAACGAAGUGUGUAUAAAAGUUCAACAAGCUGACGGUGUAAUUCGAGUAAAAGUUAAAUGACUACUUUAUUUUAUUUUUUUAAUACAUCCAAACCAGCCCAAGAUUUACCGUGAAUAUUAAAAUACACGUAUGUACAUGUGAUUUAACCUUUGUAUACAAAAGUUGUACAAAUAUUACACUAACGGAGGUAAGACCAAUA